UGAUUUUUAACUUUCUUUGAGAAUCUUUAGAUCAUAGAGUCAUCUGAUUAUGUUUUUUUUAGGAGAGAAUGAAAACUUGCGACGUGCUAUUAGAGGGAGACAGAUACCAAAACAAGGCCUACGCAUACUCUCAAUGGAUGGAGGUGGCAUGAAAGGUCUUGCAACUGUGCAGAUCCUUAAACAAAUCGAGAAGGGAACUGGAAAGCGAAUACAUGAGCUAUUUGACCUUGUAUGUGGGACAUCAACAGGUGGCAUGCUUGCCAUUGCCCUUGGUAUUAAGUUGAUGACCUUGGACCAAUGUGAAGAAAUAUACAAAAAUCUUGGAAAACUUGUUUUUGCUGAACCCGUGCCAAAGGAUAAUGAAGCUGCAACUUGGAGAGAAAAGUUGGAUCAGCUUUACAAAAGUUCAUCACAGAGUUUCAGAGUCGUUGUACAUGGAUCUAAAAUCAGUUUGAGAGGCUGCUAAAGGAAAUGUGUGCUGAUGAGGAUGGUGACCUACUAAUUGAGUCUGCCGUGAAAAGCAUUCCAAAAGUUUUUAUUGU